AUGCUCCUCCGACUCCGAGGGCCGGAUGGCAUGAUCCGGAUCACCAUCGACAAGGAUGACACCUUCGGGACGCUUGGUGAAAUGCUCACGCAACAACUUCCGCCCACUGUCGACCCACGAUCGAUAUCCAUGUCCCCCGACCCGCUGGCCAAGGAUUCCAAGAAGAUUGUCGAUAUCGCGCAAUACAAGGUUGGCCAGAUAGGGCUGAAUCACGGAGAUUUGAUAUUCAUAAAGUACUCCCACCUAGACUCCAACAUGAACGGUGACACCACGAGCUCGACAUCGCUGGCAACCUCAUCAAACAGACUUGAUGGCAAGCCAAUCUUGCCCACGGCCGAUUUCCCUAUCAACCCUGCGCCACUGAGAUCACCGACGGCCAUUAUCAAGAAUCCAUGGGAGGUGGUGAGGCAGUCGCCUCUGGACGACCGAUUAGACAAGCUCGAUGGCAAGAUACCACGGGGAAGGGACCACCGUAUGUGCAAGCAUGCGCCCAAGGGCAUGUGCGACUACUGCAUGCCUCUCGACCCUUUCAACCCUCAAUACCUGAAGGACAAGAAGAUCAAAUACCUGUCACUUCAUUCGCACCUCCGCAAGGUCAACUCCGCGACCAACAAACCUGAGCUGGGCAGCUCCUUCAUUCCGCCGCUCAAAGAGCCCUACCACCGUGUCAAGCGGGAUUGCCCAUCGGGCCAUCCUCAGUGGCCAGAAGGUAUUUGCACAAAAUGCCAGCCAAGCGCCAUCACGCUGCAGCCACAGAGUUUCCGCUGCGUUGAUCACGUCGAGUUUGCAUCUUUCGAUAUUGUGAACACAUUCCUGAACUCUUGGCGUGCGACUGGGUCGCAACGAGUAGGUUACCUAUACGGACGGUAUGCUGAGUACACUGAAGUACCGCUUGGAGUCAAGGCGGUGGUGGAGGCGAUCUACGAGCCGCCGCAGGUGGAUGAGGUUGAUGGCGUGACACUCAACCCCUUUGAGGCUGAGAACGCAGUCAACGAGGUAGCCAAGCUAUGCGGACUUGAGCAGGUCGGCGUCAUCCUUACCGAUUUGCUGGAUGCGGGAGCUGGAGACGGGACGGUAAUCUGCAAGAGGCAUGCCGACUCGUACUUUCUGUCGUCCCUAGAAGUCUGCUUUGCGUCACGGCUGCAAGCACAGCACCCCCUUGCCACAAAAUGGAGCGACACUGGGCGGUUUGGCUCCCGCUUUGUCACCUGUAUAGUGUCUGGUGAUGAAGCUGGGCAGAUCGCGAUUUCUGCCUACCAGGCCUCUAACGACUCUGUCGAAAUGGUUCGCGCUGAUCUUAUUGAGCCGUCGGCAGAUCCGAACGUCAUGCUCGUCCGAGACGAGGAGGAAGAAGAUGGAUCGACGAGCCGGACCAGGUAUAUUCCAGAAGUCUUCUACCGCAGAAUUAACGAGUACGGACUCGAAGUCCAAGAGAACGCGAAACCAUCAUUCCCAGUAGAAUAUCUCUUCGUCACGGUAACACAUGGUUUCCCUGCGGAGCCGAAACCACUCUUCACGACGCCGACUUUCCCCAUCGCUAACCGCGAGGCGAUGGGUGAAAGCCAGGAGCUUCGUGCUGUUGCCAAGGCGCUUGGUCCUAGCGGCAACAACAAGGUCGCAGCGCUCUCUGACUUCCAAUUGCUGGCAUUCAUCCAUGGCAUGGGAGUGCUGUCAAAAGAGGAGGAGGCUCUUCUCUGCCGGGCCGCAACCACACAGGAUCUGGCCGACACGUAUCAGUUGUUCUCUAUGCCCGGAUGGCAGACCCUGGAAGCCAUUUUGCAAUCGACUGGUGAGAGAAUCCCCAAGCGUCCUCGCCCUCCGAGCGGCGACGGCUACCAGCUUGAUACUGCGUCGCUGUCCUCACUGUCUCCAUCGUCAACCUCUGCUUCUACUGCAACCCCUAAUCUUCAGAAAACCCGUGGUGGUGAGCCGCUCACUAAGCGUCUUGCUGCCGUUAGGCUGAACGAGCGGAACAACCACGUACCCGACCAGAGCAGCAGCAGUACCGUCAACGACCAGCAACCAAGACGUGAUCAGCCACACUACGACCGCGCGCAGUUUAAGGAUCUGUAG